AUGCACGCCUUGCACAAGGAUGGUGCCGAGGCAUCACUUUUGAAUAGCGAAAGCCGCGGCCGCGUGGCGUUGAUCGACACCUCCGCCUACGCCUCCGACAUGAACAUCUCUGCCUUUGUGCCGCAGCAUGCGAUGAAGCCGUAUCGGGUGCUUGCGGCGAUGGAGAUAGUGCGGAAGCUCAAGAUCGAUGCUCACUGCCGCACUGUUGUGCCGCCUCUGGUGAAGGUAGAGGAGCUGAUGGCAUACCAUACCGACACCUACCUGGCGAACCUCGGGGUGCAUAGCUGCCGCAGCUGGCUGUGGAAUGCGGAGACGUCGAAAGUGUUCUUCUCUGGAGAUUGUCCUCCGGUCGAGGGGCUGAUGGAGCACUCCAUUGCUACAGCCAGCGGGACGUUGAUGGGGGCGGUGCUGCUGAACAGCGGCCAGGUCGAUGUGGCGGUGCACUGGGGUGGUGGGAUGCAUCACUCAAAGUGCGGUGAGUGCUCCGGGUUCUGCUACGUGAACGACAUUGUGCUCGGCAUUCUCGAGCUUCUGAAGUGCCAUGACCGGGUGCUGUACAUUGACAUCGACAUGCACCACGGCGACGGCGUGGAUGAGGCCUUCUGCAGGAGCGAUCGCAUCUUUACACUGUCACUGCACAAGUUCGGAGAAAGCUUUUUCCCCGGGACGGGGCAUCCGCGCGACGUCGGCUACGGUCGUGGACGCUACUACAGUAUGAACCUGGCUGUAUGGGACGGCAUCACCGACUUCUUCUACCUUGGUCUAUUCAAGCAUGCACUGCACUCCAUUGUCCGUCGCUACUCACCAGAUGUGAUUGUCCUUCAGUGCGGCGCCGACUCGCUCGCUGGUGAUCGCCUCGGCCUGCUCAACCUGUCGUCCUUCGGUCAUGGGCAGUGCGUGCAGGCGGUGCGUGAUCUCGGUAUCCCGAUGCUGGCGCUCGGCGGGGGCGGCUACACGAUUCGCAACGUCGCAAAGCUGUGGGCGUAUGAGACCAGUAUCUUGACUGGCCACCCGCUGCCGCUGAACACAGUACUUCCAGUUGCCGAGAUGCCACUGAGCGGGUGGCUCUUUCAGGACUCGCCCUUGCUGAUUGUCGCGCAGGACCGCAGCAAUCAUGUCUUACCAGGGCUUCACUGUCAGCGUGCGUACCAGAUGAUGGUGGAGCAAAUCGACCGCCACGUGCCGCAUAUCGAACCUCAUCCACGACUGCAGAAAGCUGCCGCCGCCACAGCAGUCGCAGGAGGGGAGGAGAAGCAGGAGGAGGACGGCACGGCAGCCAUCACAGGCGUCAGGAGAUAG